GAUUUUAGUAAUUGUCUUGUAAGCCGGGAGUACCUGCAAUCCAAGUCCAAAAUAAGACCUUUUACAAGAGAAUAUGCAUUUUUUAUGUGAAAUUAACUGUCAGUCUUUUAAAUCUAACUUUAUUUCAGACUUAAUUUGUGACCUUUUUUGGUACCUGAUUAUUUUAUUUUACUCUGAAGCUGCAUAAUGGAAUAUUGCAUAGGAUAGGGUGUUGGAUACCAAAUGAAACAGGCUUGAGAAAUGUGUGUGUGUAUAACAGAUGAAGAAACAAGAAUGUGACCAAGAAGAAUAGGAAUGCUGGGUUGGUACAGUAGGCUUCACUAGACUUAGCUGCAACUCAGAAUUUCUCCUCCAGCACCUGAGUAAAUGCUGAUGGUCUUGUGGAGAGUGGAUUAAGAGUACGAGCUAAGUUCUCAAUCCCAAUUAAGAAGCGGAGGAAAAUUUAAACUGUCUCCUUCAAAGUUUAUCACAACCACCACCAUCAAGACAGCAAACCAAAGGACAAAGACUUUGACCUGCUUUGUUGCUCUGUGUAGUCCAGUUCACGUAUGGUUUACAGACUUGGCUGGGGUUACUAAUGUGUAAAUAAAAAGUCGGACACUUCUGUCGUUGGACACUUUUAUUCUCAAAGUUACCAAAAUGAGGGCUGUACUGGAGACAGCAGACAUUGCCAUAGUGGCCCUGUAUUUUAUCCUGGUCAUGUGCAUUGGUUUUUUUGCCAUGUGGAAAUCUAAUAGAAGCACCGUGAGUGGAUACUUCCUGGCGGGGCGCUCUAUGACCUGGGUAGCGAUUGGUGCCUCUCUGUUUGUGAGCAAUAUUGGGAGUGAGCACUUCAUUGGGCUGGCAGGAUCUGGAGCUGCAAGUGGAUUUGCAGUGGGCGCAUGGGAAUUCAAUGCCUUACUGCUUUUGCAACUUCUGGGAUGGGUGUUCAUCCCGAUUUACAUCCGGUCAGGGGUAUACACCAUGCCUGAAUACUUGUCCAAGCGAUUUGGUGGCCAUAGGAUUCAGGUCUAUUUUGCAGCCUUGUCUCUGAUUCUCUAUAUCUUCACCAAGCUCUCAGUGGAUUUGUAUUCAGGUGCCCUCUUUAUCCAAGAGUCUUUGGGUUGGAACCUUUAUGUGUCUGUUAUCCUGCUCAUUGGCAUGACUGCUUUGCUGACUGUCACCGGAGGCCUUGUUGCAGUGAUCUACACAGACACUCUACAGGCUCUACUCAUGAUCGUUGGGGCACUCACGCUUAUGAUUAUUAGCAUGAUGGAGAUUGGCGGGUUUGAGGAAGUUAAGAGAAGGUACAUGUUGGCCUCACCCAAUGUCACUUCCAUCUUGUUGACAUACAACCUUUCCAACACAAAUUCUUGUAAUGUCCACCCUAAGACAGAUGCACUGAAAAUGUUGCGGAAUCCAACAGAUGAAGAUGUUCCUUGGCCUGGAUUCGUUCUUGGGCAGACCCCAGCUUCAGUAUGGUACUGGUGUGCUGACCAAGUCAUCGUGCAGAGGGUCCUAGCGGCUAAAAACAUUGCUCAUGCCAAAGGCUCUACUCUUAUGGCUGGCUUCUUAAAGCUUCUACCAAUGUUUAUCAUAGUUGUCCCAGGAAUGAUUUCCAGGAUACUGUUUGCUGAUGAUAUAGCUUGCAUCAACCCAGAGCACUGCAUGCAAGUGUGUGGAAGCAGAGCUGGGUGCUCUAAUAUUGCUUACCCACGCCUGGUGAUGAAGCUGGUUCCCGUGGGCCUCCGGGGCUUAAUGAUGGCAGUGAUGAUUGCGGCUCUGAUGAGUGACUUGGACUCUAUCUUUAACAGUGCCAGUACCAUAUUCACCCUCGAUGUAUACAAACUCAUCCGCAAGAGUGCAAGCUCCCGGGAACUCAUGAUUGUGGGGAGGAUAUUUGUGGCUUUUAUGGUGGUGAUCAGCAUUGCAUGGGUGCCAAUCAUCGUGGAGAUGCAAGGAGGCCAGAUGUACCUUUACAUUCAGGAGGUAGCAGAUUACCUGACGCCCCCGGUUGCGGCCCUGUUCCUUCUGUCCAUUUUCUGGAAGCGCUGCAAUGAACAAGGGGCUUUCUAUGGUGGAAUGGCCGGCUUUAUUCUUGGAGCAGUCCGUUUGACACUGGCCUUUGCCUACCGUGCCCCAGAAUGUGACCAACCUGAUAACAGGCCAGGCUUCAUCAAAGACAUCCAUUACAUGUAUGUGGCCACAGCAUUGUUUUGGGUCACAGGACUCAUUACUGUAAUUGUUAGCCUUCUCACGCCACCUCCCACGAAGGAACAGAUUCGUACCACCACCUUUUGGUCUAAGAAGAGCGUGGUGGUGAAGGAGAGCUGCUCCCCAAAAGACGAACCGUACAAGAUGCAAGAGAAGAGCAUUCUGAGAUGCAAUGAGAAUAGUGAGUCCAUCAACCACAUCAUUCCCAAUGGGAAAUCUGAAGAUAGCAUUAAGGGCCUUCAGCCGGAAGAUGUUAAUCUGUUGGUGACCUGCAGAGAGGAGGGCAACCCAGUGGCUUCCUUAGGUCAUUCAGAAGCAGAAACACCAGUAGAUGCUUAUUCCAAUGGGCAAGCAGCUCUCAUGGGUGAGAAAGAGAGAAAGAAAGAAACAGAGGAUGGAAGCCGGUACUGGAAGUUCAUAGAUUGGUUCUGUGGCUUUAAAAGUAAGAGCCUCAGCAAGAGGAGUCUCAGAGACCUGAUGGAGGAGGAGGCUGUUUGUUUACAGAUGCUGGAAGAGCCUCCGCAAGUUAAACUAAUACUAAAUAUUGGACUUGUUGCUGUGUGUUCACUUGGAAUUUUCAUGUUUGUUUAUUUCUCCUUGUGAACUUUUAAGGAUAUGAUGAGACAUUAACUUAAGAAAAUACUGGUCUUUGGAAAAAAACUUAUGUAACUGUUGCAUCUCUCAGGCAUUGUUUACGCUGUAGGUUUUAGCCAAAUUUUACUUAGCAGAAAAUCAUCUAUUUGCAAGACUUUAUUUUCCCAGAGAUGGAUGAAAGUAAAUUUUCAACCUAAAUGAAGUAAAACUUGUUUAACAGAUUGAAUUGUGCAAAUGUGGUGUAAAAUUUUCCAUACCAAAGUAAGGAGAGACCAAUUAUUCUCAUAGCACACUUAGGGCAGAAUAUAUGCUAAGAUAUGACGAAUAAGGUAUACUGUGUGCACUGCCACAUCUCGGUUAGACCUCCUUAACCUGAAGUGGAAGACUUGCGCAUUUAAAAGUUUUUUCCUCUGUCUCUGUAAUCCCUACCACCAUUAAAAAACCUGAAUUUGUAGACAUUGUAUAAUCAAUCAUGUACCGAAAAUCUGACUGAUGUGCUUGUGGGGUACUUGUUUCGGGACAAGUUAGUUUGUUAGUUAGUUUGCCAUUAGCAUGAGUAUUUGGAUUCUGAUUACCAAAAGAAAGGAAGAAGAAUGUUUUCCUGUAGCUAUUCUUGAACCACCAAUAUAUGGAGUUUUGGGAAAAUUUAUUCCAUUUCUUUUUCUCCUUCUUUGAUGUUUAAGUGAACCAUACUCAAGUGAUCACCAAGUCUGUCUUUAUAAAGUUAUAUGUCAUGAUUGUAUUUUUAAAUUGAUUAUCGGGGAGAAAAUGAAGUAAACAUUGCUGAUGAUCCCCAAAUUUAUUGACCAAAAUUAAGAUUGUUUUUCUAGUUUGGGAAUUGGCAGCCGCCAAGCAGUGUUCAAUCACUGUAAGCUGAACAGCUGGUUACUCAUACUCCGCUAGUUCUCUAGCUUUGUUCUUGUCGUUUGGUAACAUUCUUUAUUAGCCAGAUGCCCUCCCAAGUGGAUCCAGUUGGAAGAUAUGUUCAGAACUUUGAAGAAAAAUUGACACUGCCUUUGUGUUGGGUUGCCCUACUUGAUUAGAUCAUGAUAUUUUGAGCUUGAGUUUUCAGAGGGAAAAUUUAAUUCUGAAAUCACAUUGUAUCCUUGGUAAUUUUUUUUUCCUGAUUUACUUUUUUUCAAAAGACUUGCCAUCUGUACAUGUCCUCUACAUUUCCGUUUAGAAAGUUACGGUGACUUAGAGCAUGAGGAUGUUCCAUUUGCAAACUGGUUAUCAGUAACAGAAAACUGAAGAGUGCAUGCUUUGCCAUUGGUAGAUUGUCACUUUAGUUUUUCUGUAGAAUGGAUAGCAUGUUCAAGAGGUGCCAUGAACAACAGCUUCUGGAUUUAAUGGUGUGUCUCAUGGAUAUUACGGGACUUGUAUAAUUGUAGGACCUUCUAUCUUGACAUGGCUCGGUACCCAGUUGCAACUUUCAUGGAUGGGAAUCUGUUUUUCACAGACUGUAAUUCCCCUUUGUGAGGACAGGGUACGAAAGAUGUUAGAGAAAAGCUCUUGCAGAUUAUGUAGUUCUGUGUCUGUGUGUACUCAACACUGUCCUUUUUCCUCCAUGACAGAUGAAGGAAACUAAUAGUGUAUCUACUUUGUUUGACUUUCCUGUAAUCUCUGAUACUUUUUUAACUUGCAUGAUUUUAUUAAGCUUAUAUUCUUUAGGGAAAAUUAUUACUUUUUUAGAUACUUUUAUAGAUUUUGAAUCAAAACUCAGUCCUAAUGACUUUAAAUUUUUUGUAUUCUGUGAACUAGUUCAUUAUGAUGGACUUGAUUAGUCCAAAGUUGAUUUUAGAAAUUAUCAGGUAGCAUAAUGUCUUCCCAUCUCCAGGGGGCUUUCUGAUGGACUGAGUCUGUUGAUGAAAAAAUAAUUCAUGUAUGAAUAGCAUGAUUUCUGAGAGCUUAGAGUGCCUUGUAGAAUUUUUUUCUCAAUUUCAUUCUUAGGGUUUAUAAAUGGGGGCCAAAUAAAUAGGGACCAUCCUUUUCUUGUGUGGAGGCUGAGGCUGUGACAUGUCCAAGCUUACAGUCUGUUGGGAAGAACAGAAAACCAGGUGUCUAAAUCUGGGUUCAUGGUUUGUCCUCCUCUUUUCUCAAAGGAACUGACGUUCUUCGAGACAGCCAUUUGGUAUUUAGGGAAAUAAUAGCAUUAAGUUGUAGGAAUUAAAAUUUUCUUUGACUCUGAACACAUUGCUGUGUAACUCAGUAGUGAGGACUGAUAUACUGGCUGGGCAGCCUUCUUAACCCUUCUAUUUACAGCAUUAAUGAAUAGGUGGUGUUUAUGUGGAUUUUUUCCUCUUUAUUUAAUGUUGAGUCCUAACAGUCUGGAGUAUUAGGGUCCCCCUACCUUCUCUCUGUUGUCAGUGUAGUACAAUACAUAAAAUACAUCAUCUUGUGUCUGUCUGUGUGUACAUAGCAGUAGGUCAAGUUUAGAGUAUUAGCGUCUGUAAAUAAGGAAUGACUUUAGCUUAUCCAUUAGGAUUGUUUAUUCUUGCCAGUAUAAACAUCACUUUAUUUAGACUGAAGUCCCUGAAGCUUGCCCUUCUUAUUGCUUCCCAGUAAUAGAUAAUGUGCUUGAAUAAGUAUGUGAAUUGCUGAUUGCAGCUUCAUUUCAGCAGACCAUUCUUCAGUCUGUAUUUCAUUAGAUUGUUCUUGCAAUGAUACAUGGUCUGUAUUAAGCUAGCAAAACGUUCAUACUUUAACUAAAUGGGUCCUAAGUGGUGACACUGAUGUCUGGACAUUAACAUGUAUGUAUUUUUAUAUUGGCUUAGACUGACGUUCAGAAUUGAUCAAGUGAUAUUGACUAAAAUAGUUAGCUAAGAGUCAGAAAGAAGUGAGGACACUUGUCUUCAAAGGUGGAGACAAAUACUGUCUUAUCUGCUGUUAAUGGUAUCCCUAGUUCUUAAACUUUUGAACUUUCAGACAGUCUUAGUGUCAAGAUCUGAUGAGAAGAGGUUAUUACUGUGGUAUGCCAAUUCAUUAUUGGCUCCUUUGUGGGACCUCUAAUUUGUCCUGCCACCCCAAGAUAGUAAGCAGCUUGUGAAACAGCUGAGCGAGUCUUUUUCCCCAGCCAUUCUUUCCUGGUGAGUUUAUCACUCUUACCCUUAGGUUAGAGAAGCAUCAAGCAGUGACAAUGGUGCUGUGUCCUUUGGCCUUAAUUCAGCAGAUCUGAUCUCUCAAGGCUUCCUUUUCACGUGGCUCAAAGGAUCCAUUGUCUUUUUGCACAAAGAGGCUGGCCAGGGUCACAUAGGCAUAGCUUUUAGGGAUGGCACCUCAAGUAAUUGGCAGAGACCCAUGGCUCUGUGAAACUUCACGUUUUAAGAAUUGGGUGGGAAGGUUGUCAUUCAGUUCUCUAACCUGAGGCUAAGCGCCUGUGGGGGUGGGGUUGAAAAAUCUUGUCCAGGGUGAUUAAAGUCUUUUAAGCAUCUGCAUUUCUCAGUCCAUUCCUUUCUCUCCUAUACUGGGUGCGUGGCUCUUCCCCUUUCUUUGAAUAGCGUUUAAUGUAGUCUGUGGGUUCUUCUCGUUCUUUACUGCACUAUAAACUGGCUGUAUUAGCCGUUAAAAGGUUAGACCCGUCAGUGUUGGCACUUGACAGUAUACAGCUUACUUGCUUUCCUUAUACUUUUCCUGUGUCAUUUUCACCUGAGGUAUAAUGGCUGGAAAGGAGCACAUGGGUAUCUCGUAGUGACACCUCACUGUUCUCCAGGUUUGGGUUGAGAGAUGUGUAAAGACCGUUUCUGUUAAAUUAUGUGACUACAGAGACUUGCCAGGACAAGGUUUUCCUAAGAAGUUAGAACAACUAUUAAAAUGCUGGGGAGUACCUGGGUGGCACAGACUUAAGUUAGUGAAGGACACACAUUAGCUUAAGAUGUGCAGACAGAGAAUCAUGUUCAUUGAAUUCUAGAACUUGAGGCAUCUUGGCUGUCAGCUGGUGUACAUCCCUCCCCACAUAGAUUAGGUACCAAUGAAUGAGAUCCAGCCUGUUAAACCCUGGUUUCAUGUCAAUUAUUGUGAAAUAGGAGUUUAUUAACAUAUUUGAGAUUAAAUGAAUGAUAUUUGAUAGUGAUACUUUAGUAGAAAAAAUACUUUUAAGCUUGAGGAUUUGUCAGAUUCCUGAUUAGCCAGGCGUUAAAUUGCUUAAGUCAUUUCAGCGUUGACGUUAGCCUCAGUAGCCUUCACAGGUAGGCUGUGUUCCUAUUUGUGUGUAGACCCACCUACCGCUCAGAGAGACUGGUCUUCCCCUUUAUUUGUCUUUCCUCUCAUUGCUUUAACUCUUCACCAAUUCUUUCAGCACUUAGGAAAUUCCUGUUUUGACCUUUUGUCAGCUUAAUUCCCUUUCAGGCUUACUGCCAUUCGUGGCAAAGGUGCUGCUUUGCUCCAGUUUUGAAGACUUGGAUCCACACAAUUAAAUACAGUUAUCUUAAAAUAUACUAAAUUUCUAUUAGCUUAAACUUAAUUGUCAAGAAUAACUUUCUCAGCCUGUGCGUUCAUUAAUAAUAAUCAGUAUUUUCUCAAAAAUUAGGGAGGCAGCAGUAGUUAAAAUUCAUGCAGGUUUCUUUAAAAUGGUGGUAGGACAGUGCAGAGAAAUGGAGUUUGUUUUAAUGCCAAAAAGCCCUGUUCGUGCAGUAGUUAAAGGAAGACAUUGGAACUGGUCAGUUGGCAUAUAGAGAAACCCUUUUGUACUGGUUAGGUGUGAAGCUGGAUCACGUAAGAAGUCGUCUUUGGAUUACUACACGUGGUUGGACUUGGUUGACUUACCUCAGGGCUGCAAACCCCGUUUUCUCCAUUAAUUCUCUUAAUUUGGUGUGCUUUUUGUCCGCCCCUCCCCUCUGUUGGAAGAUGAGGUCUUCAGCUGGUUUGACUUAUACAGCAGAAUUUAGCUAAGGUUCAAAAUAAUUAGUAGGCUUUGCCAGCGCUGAGUCCCGCACCGUUAUUCCCAUAGUCUCAGAAAUGUUUUUUUCCCCCAAACUUCUCUCUCCAGUGCUGGGAGUAAGCCUUUAAACUACUGAUUCACCUUUAAAGGAAUGUUGUGAGAAUUGAUGUAAUUUAUGUUUUUGUUUCCAUCUCAAAUCCUUCAUAAAAGAUAGGAUUUAGUUUUUUGUUUUGGGUUAAGCAGCCCGUUUAUCUGGUACCUAACAGCCGUAACCAUUGGCAUGUAGUCUUUUACUCAGAAAUAGACAAAAAAGGUUUGCUGUUUCUGUAUCAUUACUGAUCACAUCCUUUGCUUUUUAGGAGAGGACCGUUACCUGAGGCUGUAGGCUUAAACCAGUACCCUUCCUUUACGUAACAACUUUUAAGUCUGAUUUGCUUACCUGGAUGGAUGGCAUGUUUGAAGAGAGGGAUUCUAGAAUGAACAAGCAGCUGAAGAGCAAGUCGAGACAAAGCACAGUGGUCUCAGAUUCUCCUCAGUGCAGGAGCCGUGGCUUUGCUCUCCUUGGAAAAAAAGCACUAUGCAGUGAUUGUUGCCCAUGGCGAUGAAGCCCCACCUGCAGGUCAAGACACUGUAAGCUGCAGUGAACUCUGUCAGUGAGGGAAAUACCUAUUGCAGUGAUUUCGGCAACAGCACAAGUUGACAGUAGAUAACCACAGCCUUAGUGGAGACUUAGAUUUAACUUGGUAAAUUCACCUUGUACCCUAGUAUUCCUGAAUAAGGAGUGUUUACCUUUUUUAUUGCCUCUAGACAAACCGGUCUAGAUCAUUUUCAGUUUAUCGGGAUACCCAGACUCCCAUAAGUAAAGUAUUCCUUAGUAACUUACUUUUGGUUGUAAUAGUUGGAAACUGAAAUUAGGCUAUUAUUGAAAUCUCAAAUUGGCAAAGGCUAAUGUAUAGGGUAUUCCAUAAUAUAAUCAGCUCCUGAGGUUUAUGUGUUUUGAUUAGUGCCUUCUGGUUGCCAAUAUUGACUCUGCUAGUUUAUACCUUUCCCUUUCUUGAUUGAGAAUUCUAAUUUGUUACAAUUCCUCUUUUUAAAGUUUGUUACAACUAGUGAAGAAAUAGAGAAAAUACAUUUAUAUUUACAUACUUUAUAUGCAGCCUUUAUUUAGGUUCCAGGAAAGUGAGUAGCUCUAAUUCAUGUUGCAGCUUAAAUGUUAUUUAUUCAUCUGUAUUUGUUUCUUUUAUAUCCUUAAUUAAAAAUAUAAGGUUACUUAUUAAUUCUGUGAGUAUAUUUAACUUUAUGGUUUUUCCAGUGUACAUUUCCUAGGCAUAUCUAAGAACAAGUAUGUGACAGCAGUUCACAUUCCAUGGUAGGGAAAGAGCUUAAAGUAAAGGUCCAUAGAAAGCACAAAAUCCUGUUCACACGUGUGUGUAUCUCCACAUGUAGAAAGCACAAGACUAAUGGUACUCUCAGUAGCCCACAAGUGCCAGUCCUAAAGCCCACCGGGUGUUUGGCUCGGUAGCUGUUAGGAUGAGGACCACAAAAGCCCUAGAUGGUGAGGUGUUCAAGUUAUGGAUCUUAAGUGGUAAGCGAUUCAGUGUAGUAAUCUGAGUAAGUUGUGCUCCUUUGGUGGAGGGAGAGAAUACAAAUGUCAAGAAUGCUGCGGUUAAAUUUGGGGGUCACUGGCUCAGAUGGGGUCUGUGGGCUCUUCCUGUGAUCUGGAACUGAAGGAACGGGGACAGACUUCUGGGGGUGUGGAAGUUUGACAGACUUCUGCUUUAAGCUGUAGAGCCAUUGGAGUUGUUUUUUUUUUUUAAUCUUAAAUUUUACUUCCCAUGAAUAUAGUACCCUAAAAACAGGGAGAAAUUUCACACUCUCCAGGGCAAAUACUCCUUGUCUUUAAUCUUUGUGUAGGUUUGUAUGUAAAAGAUGAAGUUAUCUUUCUUUUUUCUUAUGCUUGACUGCACUUCAUUUUAAAAGAGCAGAAUUUGAUCUGUUCUGGGCAUCAAACUGAUUCUGAGACAAAUCUACCAAGUGAACUGCUUUGCUUUGCACAGCUGUCAUAAGAGUCUAAAGGAUUCAUUAGAAUCCUUGCUUGUUCCAUUACCCGCUUCAAGAAUAGAUUAGAUGAAGUCCGUGACUGUGUGUGUGAAAGAAGAUCAUGUGCUUUCUUCCACUUGGCAUUGCCCUUGUGUCACCCCUCACUUUCUUCAUCUGAAUAGUCCGAUACGUGUUUGUCCUGGAUUUUGCCCCUAUGUUAAAAGAUACAACUCUCAGAACAGGAGAGAAGUGACUACCUUUGUUUCCACACACCUCCAUUUUGUAUAUUUGUCUUCUGAGGGAAAGACCUGGUCAGCUCUCGUAAUACGUGGAAUGAAGAUUAAAGCUGGUGUAGAGUAACGUGGUGUAUUUUAGAAGAGGUAACUGGACACUCUGAGGGAGAGAUUUCCCCCUCUAGCAAAAAGUAGCUGGGUGUGAGCCUGCAGCAUUAUUUUAGAAUGUAAAACCACAGGCUUUGAGGGGGUGAGGGGAGAGGAGUGCCAGAAGUGUAGGAAAAAGGAGCGAUUUGAGGAACAUCUUUGGCUUAGCAAUGUGUGAUAAGGCAGAGCAGUUAGAACCUGUUGGUCCUGGAUACAGUCAUGCAUCGCUGAAUGACGGGGAUAUGCGCUGAGAAGCACGUCCUCGCGUGAACAUCGCAGAGUGCUUACACAGACCUAGAUGGGAUGGCCUCUGCACACUAGGCUCUGGUACUAAGCUUGUGAGCCACCGUUGGACAUGUGGUCCGUGGUUGGCAGAAAUGUCGUUCUGCAGUGCAUGACUGUAGUAUGUGUUCCGUACCUUUAAAUGUUGUUUUUAAAUUUAAGAUAGCUUGUAAGUACUUAAAGAAUGCUUUUGAAGAUUCCUUUGGUGGGAUAUCCUUUCAUUUAUAAUUCCAUGGGAAAUUGCUUUAAUUAGUCUAGGUGAAAGUUCUAGCGGUGUAAAUAUGUAUAAUUAGAAUUUUCUAAUUUCACUGUGAGAUCUCUAACUUUUGAGUGGCAAACAGAUCAACAAGUCUUGCUCAUGGACUUUUCUGAGGGGUUGCUAAAAUGCAAAAGCUUUAUUUUUUUUAAUAAUGACAUAUUACAUGAGUGUCAGAUGAUGGUAUGGAAUCUGUUCCCCUGCUUUCUCCCACCCAUAUUGCUUCGGUUUAUAGAUUGCCAGCAGAGUGCAGAAAUAGAGCAGGGGUUCGUCCAUUCUUUGCUUGGACAUCUGUUUUCUGUUGCGCAGACCUGUGUUGGCAGUCACCUAUGAACUAUGUUACGCUUCUCAGUGCUUUUUUUUUGAUAAGGUGGAUAUCAAAAAUAGUUGCUGUGCAAAAGUUAGUAGUCUUCUUCAAGAAGAAAACCAAUUCCUUUUCUAAUAUCCUGUGAAAUUGCUUCAUUCAUUUCUUUAUUUUUAAGCCAAAUGUCAGCAGAAUACUGCUGCUUUUAUCUAGUAAUUUUGAUAUGUAAGUAUUAAUGCAUUUUUAAAAGAUGUCUCCAUUGAAAAAUGUUUUCCCAGUGUGCUGCCUUUUAUGCUUUGUUCAGAUUUUCUGUAAGAGACCAGUCUGUGCACUGGGGGUGUAUAUUGUGUACAUGUAUCAUUUCGUCAGUUAUGCAUUGUAGACCAAAUGUGAUUAUAAAUGAAAUUGUUGAGUUAUUGGUGUUUUUUGAAUUGUAAACUGAUUUCCAGUGUACCCUUCAUUGUCCAUAGCUUUUUUUUUUUUUUUUAAGGUUUAACUCAUUGAGUCUGUCUCAUUGUACAAUGUUUUAGUUGCAAGCAGAAAGUAGAAUUUGGUAUAAACCAGGUUACUUCCAUAUUGAAAGGAAUACAAUUGAAAUUGUAGAUUUAGGAUUGUUAACCAUACACGACAAUUCUAACUUGACAAUUCUAACCUACUGUAUACAAUCUGAUUUUUAAAAUUGUAGACAUGUAUGAUCUUGGUUUAAUGUGUUUUUAAAAGUGUUAUUGUUUAAAAAAUGAAAAAAAAAGGAAGCAGAUCUGCUAAAGAGCUGUCAGUUUUCAUUACUGACUCUGUACAAUACACUGUUCUUUGUGUACUGUGUGUUAUUUUGCCAGCUGCUGCAUUAGCCUUCAGAAGUAUUUGGAAACUUAAGAUGAACUACAUUUCUUGCGAAGUAUAUUCUUUUCUGUGGUAUUUUGUCCUGUAACUGAAGUAUAGUAAUUAUUUUAUGGAAAUGUUAGCACUUCUGUACCAACUUUGAAUAAAAUGAAAAAUUUACAUUUC